GUGGCAGUGGCGAACUUGGAAUCUCUCUUUCUCUCUCUGUCUCCCCCCUUGCAAGACAUCAUAAAUAUAGUAAACCAACGUUUGUAUUCUGCAAUCUGCAUACACGGCGCCAGAGAUAAAAUUUUUAUAGUUAUCCGUUAAUGUAAAUAUCGGCUUAUAAAUUGGGUUCCGGCGAGGAUGACACUCAAUCUCUUGCUUCAUUCCAAAACAGAGAUUUCCUACAAACAUCAUAGAUAAACGGAGAGAGAGAGAGAGAGACCUUUGUCUUUGCUUCAAGAAAAUACGAUUCCCAUCCUGUUCUUGGUCUGAUAACGUUCUCCUGUUAUAUGAGUCUGGGUCUCUCUCAAAUUCCCUUUCUUUUUCUUCAUGUUCCCCUUUCUGGGAGUUUUAGAAAAAAUAAGAGCCUGUGCAAGGAGUUUUAAGGCUUGGAUAUAAGCUUAUUUCCUCUGAGUUUUUUUAAGUCUUCUGUGUUGUUGAGAAUUCGAGGAUGGGGGAUCAUUUUGUGUUGCUGGUUGAUCGUUUGCUCACCGAGUCCACGUUAGAGGCUGCAAUUGAGAGCAGAAACUGGUCCAUGAAAGCCACAUCCUCUGUAAUUGACGAGAAGAAAAUCGGUAAUGCUCCCAAGGUGGGUGGUGCAAAUAUAUCAUCUCCCGGGAAAUUGGUGGAGUGCAGGAUAUGCCAGGAUGAGGAUGAGGAUUCAAAUAUGGAGACGCCCUGCUCUUGUUGUGGCAGCUUGAAGUAUGCCCACCGCAGAUGCAUACAGAGGUGGUGUAAUGAGAAGGGUGACACUAUCUGUGAGAUAUGCCAACAGCAAUUUAAGCCUGGUUAUACUGCUCCUCCCCCACUGUUUCAAUUGGGGAGUGUUCCAAUGAACUUCAGAGGAAAUUGGGAGAUAUCUAGGAGAGACUUGCAUCGUCCCCGCAUUAUAGCAAUGGUUUCAACUGACCGUAAUUUGCUCACUCCUGACUUCGACGAGUAUUCAGCUUCUACCACAAGAAGUUUGAUAUGUUUCCGUUCAGUUGCUUUCAUUUUCAUGGUUCUACUGAUUCUACGCCAUAUUCUUCCCCUCAUUCUAAUAAGUGGAAACAAUGAGUACUUUCUCCCACUAUCUGUGUUGCUACUUCUACGAACUGCUGGGAUUGUUCUUCCGAUCUACAUUAUAAUGAGAGCAGUAACUUCUCUUCAGCGCCGCCGACAUCAUCAUCAGGAGGAGCCUUCAAUUUCAUCACUUACUUCAUCGGAUGAAGAAGCUGAGCAUUCGACAUUGCAGCCUCAUCAGCCUCAUAUCAUUCAUGUUCACGUGUAGCUGGUGAAUCGAAGAAGCUUCACAACAAGAAAAUGUGUGCAAGAUGGAUAAGAAAAAAGGAUAUUAUGAUACAGUGCUUUAAUCAGUGUGGUGUGCUGUAAAUCCAAAAAGGAAAGAAAAAAAUGGAGGAUCAAAUUUCGAUUAUGAUGUAGCUUAUAAGAUGUACUCUCUUCUCUUGCUCUUGCUGCACAUCGUCUGAAUACUUUGUACAGCCAGAAAAAAAGUAUCCCAAAAGCCAAUAUACAGACUUUAUACCAAGAAAAUAGAAGCAAGUUAGUAAAGGUGAAGAAUGUUCUUGUAUAUGUCAUUCUGUAUUGGGGAUUAUGACUCAAAUACCAAGUUUAGUAGAUA